AUGUUCAACAUACCAAUCCACCUUGUCUUUGGGCCUGUGCAUGUCGGUCUUGUCCUUCUUGUGCUGGUUCUAUUGAAGGGAGUCCUCGCCUCCCUCUUGUCAUCAAAGAAGCGCGAUUCCUUUCCACCUGGUCCACCCGGUAGAUUCCUCAUUGGAAAUUUAUUCGACUUUCCAGCUCAAGAUUCCGGGAAAGUCUACGAGGAGUGGGGAAGGAAGUACAAUAGCAAAAUUGUUCAUGCUAGCACGCUUGGCAAUCAUGUCAUCGUGGUCAACGACCUCGAUGUUGCGGAUGAACUCUUUGAAAGACGGGCCAGCAUAUACUCGGACCGGCCUCACAUACCCAUGGUCGACGUACUGGGAUGGGGGUGGAAUAGCGCUCUGCUUCCGUACGGACAAACUUGGCGCGACCAUCGAAAGGUGGCCCAACAGAACUUCAACAAGAACGCAGCGAAAGCUUACCAACCUAUCCAACUGAGGAAAGUUCGUCGGAUGCUCCAGGGCUUACUGGACGCACCAGACAAAUCCGCGGCCCAUAAUAAGAUGCUGUCCGUUUCGAUCACGAUGGAGAUGAUGUACGGCUACGAUGUCCAGUCCUUGGACGACCCAUGCAUUCAUGCAGCGGACAAGUCGAUCGAAUUGGGAACCAAGUUAUUGACGCCGGGAGCCUCUCUAAUAAAUGUCUUCCCAAUUCUUCGCCACAUCCCCGUAUGGUUUCCAGGAGCCACUGCUCUAAGGACUGCCGCAGAGACUGUGCAUUGGACUCAGGAAAUGCAGCGCAUUCCGAUGGAGUUUGUCACUCGAGCCAUGAACGAAGGGACUGCAAUCCCUUCGCUCUUGUCGAAUUUUCUUGAAAGGAAGAUUACGGAAGGCACGACGGCCUACGAGGAAGACGUUGUCAAGAGCCUGGCUUAUACGGUAUACGGUGCUGCGUCCGAUACGACCAUCGCCGCGACUGGCUCAUUCCUGUACCUUAUGACCCUUCAUCCAGAGGUCCAAGAAAAGGGGCAAGCGGAACUUGAUAAACUGCUCAAAGGCCAACGUCUUCCAGAAUUUGACGACCGCAUUUCCCUUCCCUACAUCGAGGCCAUUUAUCGCGAGUUGAUGAGAUGCCAGCCACCCCUCCGCAUGGCAACUCCGCAUGCUGCGUCAAAAGAUGACGUUUGCGAUGGCUUUUUUAUACCUGAAGGAAGCGCCGUCUUUGGAAAUGUCUGGGCGAUGACACACGAUGAAAAUAAGUAUCCGGAGCCCUCCAAAUUUAAACCCGAGCGUUUCCUCAAUGAGAACGGCGAAUUGAAUGGUGACGAUAGAACCUUGGCAUAUGGAUUCGGGCGAAGGGUUUGCGUCGGAAAAUCCAUCGCUAGCUCUACGAUGUGGAUUACCAUAGCGUCGAUCCUGGCCUGCUUCGAUAUUCGCAAGGCAAAAGACAAGUUCGGCAAUGAAAUCGAAGUAAACGGUGACUACGAGGAUCUUGGAUUAAUUUGGCGCAAGAAGCCUUUCGAGUGUUCUAUUACUCCCAGGUCUGACAAAGUCAAACAAUUGAUAGAGGAGGCAGCAUCUAUGUAA